UCUCUCUAUAAAAUGAUCUCAACUCCUUCAUUUAACAAAACCCACCUAAGAGUCGUCGGCGACAAGCUGAUCACAAAACCCAGAAUAGCUCUCUUUUCAUCAAUGGCGUCAAUGAAGCAUUUUUUUGCCAAGCCUAAACACACAUAUCCACAACCAGAACCAGUUAUGUCCGAAAACGACAAGAAUGUCUUCGAAUUCGAGGAAUCUGAUAUUCACAAUUUAGGCGAUCAUCAGAAGCCGAGUUCAUUUGAAGCCAAGAGAUCAAUAUCAAUCUCGCGACUGAGGAGAAAACCGGCGAAAGUCGCAGAUUCUUCCGGUUUCGAUAACCGGAAAACGGCGAAGACCGGUUCGGUUCCGGUUAACAUCCCCGAUUGGUCGAAGAUCCUGAAGAGUGAGUAUAGGAGCCAUGUUGUGAUACCAGACUACGACAGCGACGAAGACGACGAGGACGAUGAAGAGAUCAACGACGGUGACACGACGGGAGGAAGACGGAUGAUUCCGCCGCACGAAUAUUUAGCGCGGCGGAGGGGAUCUUCGUUCACGGUGCACGAAGGGAUUGGUGGAACGGCAAAGGGAAGAGAUCUAAGGCUGUUGAGGAACGCGAUUUGGGAGAAGAUUGGGUUUCAGGAUUAAUAACAACUAUAGGAUUAAUAAUAAAACUGUGAUAGGUUAUAUAGAUUAUGUUAAAACUAUUACUUAGAACAUAAGGAGGACUUCGUGUUUUUCUGGGGGGGGUUAGGAUCGGUUAUAGUUUCGGUCCGAAGGAGAAUUUUUCGAUAUCCUAUUUUCUUUUUUUUUUUGCAUAUUUGUUCUUGUUUUUUCUGAAGUUUUGAUCAUCCUAUCCCUGUUCGUGUUCGGAAAUGAUAAAUGAUAAUUUUAUGUUUUUGUGUCUUAAAA